AUGGCAGGAGAUAAUAAUUCUCUUAUCAAGGAUCCUGUAUUUGAACGCUGGGCAGAUUACCGUACUAACCCAACACCAUAUUUUCGCUGGACAAAUAGAACAAUUAAAUUGUCACUAAUAUAUUGUGCGGCCAUUCCCCUUGGAAUUUAUUGGCUUGCUAUUAAAUCAGAUCAUAAGGAAACUAGAGAACAAGAUGAAUCAGGCCGUUUUUACAUUGUGAUAUUUGUUGGCAAUCCAAGCAUUUUAAAUACUCAAUUAGAUGGAUAUAUCAAAUUAAAUUUACCAGAUUUGGAACUUGGUCAUCCUUUGAUAUGGCCAAUUCUAUAUUCAUCAAAAGAUGGUAAUUGUGAUGAUGGGCCAUUAUUUAAUGAAGAACUCUUUCAAGAAAUCAAACCAUUUGUUCACGAGGAAAAUAAAAGAAAUAAUGGAAUGUCAAUUUGUAUAAGCUCAGAUCUUCUUCCUGUUGGUACUGGCUUAGGAUCAUCGGCAGCUUGCUCAGUCUGUUUGGCUACAGGAUUAUUACUUGUGCUUGGUCAUAUUUCAAUUCCAAAUAAUAACAGAAUAGAUAAUAGUGUUACUACUUAUGUAGCAAACGUUAGAAUAGUAUGUGAUAAAUUCCCACAAAUUAUUGAUACAAUUUUAGAUGCAAUUGAAAAUGUCAGUGUAUUUUCAAAGGAGAUUCUUGAAAAGUUUGAUAAAAUUGAAUUUAUUGAUAUAAAUCAUCAUCUUGCCAAUGGACACUGUUCACAUGAUAAAAUAUGUGAAAUCACAGCAGAUUAUAAAUUACACUCAAAACUUACUGGAACCAGAGGUGGUGGAUGUGCAUUGACAUUGAUAAGAGAGGUGACUGGUGUGACAAGUAUGAUUAAUCUAAAGGAACUUUUAGGAUCUAAAAUUUGUCCAACUAUUGAAUCGGCUAGUGAAAUAGGAACAUCCGAAAAUUAUACAAUAAAAACCAUUGAAAUAACAUUUUUAGAUCCUUCAUUGUCAAAAAUCCACUUGUUAGAAAAUUCAUUGGUUCGAUACGCAUAA